AUGGGUACUUUUGAAAAUUAUCUAAUAGCCGUACGACCAUGGUCUUUUAGUACUAGUAUGAUGCCUGUUCUAUUAGGCACUGCUCUUGCUUAUCCAUCUUUACGUGCUAUGUCAAUUAUAGUUCUUCUUCUUACGUGUAUAUCGGCACUAUGUGUUCAUGCAGCAGCGAAUUUAUUCAAUACGUAUUAUGAUUAUAUACAUGGAGUAGACACUUCCUUACAUGAUGAUAAAAGCAAAGAUAAACAGAAUGCCGUUGAUAAUAUUGAUGAUCGAACACUAAUCGAAGGUUUAUUGAAACCUAAUGAUGUUGUCCGGCUUGGUUUAAUAUUAUAUGCAAUUGGAACAAUCGCUUUUCUUUUCUUGACCAAUUUCUCACCAGCAAAAGAACCGUAUUUGGCUGUAAUAUUUUUUGGAGCUUUACCACUUUCAUUUUUAUACACAGGAGGCAUUGGCUUUAAAUAUAUUGCUCUUGGUGAUAUUAUUAUUUUACUAACAUUUGGUCCUAUAACAGUUGUUUUUUCAUAUAUGGCACAAGCAGGUCACUAUAGUAUUUAUCCAAUACUUUACGCUUUACCAUUAACAUUAAACACCGAAGCUAUUCUGCAUAGUAAUAAUACACGAGAUAUGAAGCAUGACUUAUCAGUUGGUAUAUUGACAUUAUCAAUCUUACUUGGUAAACGAUAUUCGUAUUAUCUCUAUUGUCUACUUAUGUAUUCGCCUUAUAUUAUAAUACUUUAUAUUAUGAUAAAUAUAUCUUGGUAUUGUUUUCUACCAUUAUUAACAAUAUUCUAUGCUUAUCGAUUAUGUGAAGAAUUUAAGAAUGAUGAGCUGAUAAAAUUACCCAAUCGAACAGCACUAUUAAAUUUUUUACUUGGCUUUCUUUAUAUACUUUCAAUUGUUAUUACCAAUACUGUACGCAAAGAACAACAAUUUCUUUUUUGA